AAGCCAGUGGGGUUUGCGAGGAAUUCACUCCCCAACUUAGCUUGACUCUCCAGCCAGCCUGUGAAAAUGUUCCGGCUUUUCAGCAACACAAAGCGCUGCUGGCAGAUGAAACGGACAUUGCAAAGGCCCCGGGGGCGAGUCCAUUUACCAGCAAUGGUGCAGCAAAACAGUUUCUCCAAAGGCUCUGUGCAUCACCAGGCAAAUCCCUCCUCCUCCUCCUCCUGGCCCAAUGACGUGGGCAUCCUUGCUCUGGAGGUGUACUUCCCUUCCCAGUAUGUGGACCAGGUUGAGCUGGAGAAGUAUGAUGGGGUGGAGGCUGGGAAAUACACCGUGGGCCUGGGGCAGAAGCAGAUGGGCUUCUGUGCGGCCCACGAGGACAUCAACUCCUUGUGCCUGACAGUCGUGCAGCGUCUGGUAGAGCGAAGCCGCCUGCCCUGGGAGUCCAUCGGCCGACUGGAGGUUGGCACAGAGACCAUCAUUGACAAAUCCAAAGCUGUCAAGACAGUUCUGAUGCAGCUCUUUGAAGAUUCAGGAAACACAGAUGUUGAAGGCAUCGACACCACCAAUGCCUGCUAUGGAGGAACAGCCUCCCUCUUCAACGCAGCUGACUGGAUUGAGUCCAGCUCCUGGGAUGGACGCUAUGCCUUGGUGGUUUGUGGCGAUAUUGCUGUUUAUGCCACCGGGAAUGCGCGGCCAACAGGUGGUGCUGGAGCCGUAGCCAUGCUGGUCGGACCAGAUGCUCCACUGGCUUUGGAGAGAGGUCUUCGUGGGACCCACAUGGAACAUGUCUAUGACUUCUAUAAGCCGGACUUGGCUUCAGAGUAUCCUGUGGUGGAUGGACAGCUCUCCAUCCAGUGCUACUUUCGAGCCUUGGAUCGGUGCUAUGCCACAUACCGCAAGAAGAUCGAGAGCCAGUGGCAGAAAGCUGGGAUCUCGAAGCAGUGCACCCUCGAAGACUUCCAGUUCAUGAUCUUCCACACACCUUUCUGCAAGCUGGUGCAGAAGUCUCUGGCGCGGGUGGUGCUGAACGACUUCCUGGCCUCCCGCAACCCUGAUGUCGAGAGUGGCGUCUACAAGGGGCUGAAGGACUUUGGUAACGUGAAGUUGGAAGAAACCUACUCCAGCAAGGAGGUGGACAGAGCUUUCCAGAAGGCUAGCCAGGAGCUGUUCCGCCAGAAGACGCAGCCCUCUCUCUUCCUCUCUGCUCGCAAUGGAAACAUGUAUACUCCCUCAGUGUAUGGCUGCCUUGCAUCUCUCCUGGCCCAGUUCUCUGCCCAGCAGCUGGCUGGCUCCAGAAUUGGGGUCUUCUCCUAUGGCUCAGGACUGGCAGCCAGCAUGUUCUCCCUGAAGGUGACCCAGAAUUCUGCUCCAGGCUCCCCUCUGGAAAAACUGGUAUCCAGUCUUUCAGAUCUGGAGACUCGGUUGGACUCCCGGAAAUGUGUUCCCCCAGAGAAGUUUUCUGAGAUCAUGAAACUCAGAGAGGACACACAUCACUUGGUGGGCCACACCCCGCAUGGGUCCAAGGAUGACCUCUUCCCAGGAACGUGGUACAUAGAGCAAGUGGAUGACAAGAACCGUAGGAAGUAUGUCCGGAGACCAGUCUAGGGGAGAGCAGAAUGGCCAGGAGCAGGGAUUGUCGUGUGUCAGCCUUAUGGAAGGAGGCGAAUGGCUUCACCAUCCAAAAGCAUAGCAAGUCAACCUCUGCCUGCACUUCUCAAGACGGCUGCUCUGGCGGGGGGGGGGGGGGUGUCCUUCUUGCACAGCACUGUGUCUUAUCCAUGCUU